AUGAAGGCUACCCCCCUCCUUAUUUCUAUUUUAGAAACAAGAGGAGAUUAUUUUCUCUAUUUUCUCUGCUGCUUAAAGGGUUGCGACUGCUGCAGCAGCUUUGAUAGACAACAAAAAACAUUUUUGUUUUCUUCACCUUUACCCUCACCUUCUCUUGGCUCCUCUCUCUUUCUCUCUCUUCUGUCAUCUCCUCCACCACACUUUUCUGUCAUCUCUUCCACUCUCUCACUCAUCUUUUCUGUCAUCGCCUCCUUUCUCUCUCCUGUCAUCGCUUCCUCUCUGUCUGUCUCUUUUUCAUCACCCCUUCUCUCACUCUCUCUCCUUUCUGCCUAUCUCUUUCGUCACCUCCUCUUCUCUCUCUCUCUCGUGUCGUCACCUCCUCUUCUCUCUCUCUCUCGUGUCGUCACCUCCUCUUCCCUCUCUCUCGUGUCGUCACCUCCUCUUCCCCCUCUCUCGUGUCGUCACCUCCUCUUCCCCUCUCGUGUCGUCACCUCCUCUUCCCUCUCUCGUGUCGUCACCUCCUCUUCUCUCUCUCUCGUGUCGUCACCUCCUCUUCUCUCUCUCUCUCGUGUCGUCACCUCCUCUUCUCUCUCUCGUCGUCACCUCCUCUUCUCUCUCUCUCGUGUCGUCACCUCCUCUUCUCUCUCUCUCGUGUCGUCACCUCCUCUUCUCUCUCUCUCGUGUCGUCACCUCCCUUCUUCUCUCUCUCGUCACCUCCUCUUCUCUCUCUCUCUCCUCCUCCUCUCUCUCUCUCUCGUCACCUCCUCUUCUCUCUCUCUCUCGUGUCUCUCCUCUCUUCUCUCUCUCUCAUCGUCACCUCCUCUCUCUCUCUCUCGUGUGUCGCCUCCUCUUCUCUCUCUCUCUCGUGUGUCCAUCGCCUCUUCUUCUCUCUCUCUCGUGUCGUCGCCUCCUCUUCUCUCUCUCUCGUCGUUGUCGCCGCCUCUUCUCUCUCUCUCGUGUCGUCGCCUCCUCGUCUCUCUCUCUCUCCUGUUGUCACCUCUUCUCUUUCUCUUCUGUCAUUGCCUCCUCUCUCUCUUUCUCUUCCACCAUUGCCUCUCCUCUCUCUCCUGUUGUCACCUCUUCUCUUUCUCUUCUGUCAUUACCUCCUCUCUCUCUUUCUCUUCUGUCAUUACCUUCCCUCUCUCUCACUCUCUCUCUCUCCUGUUGUCACCUUUUCUCUUUCUCUUCUGUCAUUGCCUCCUCUCUCUCUCUUUCUCUUCCACCAUUGCCUCCUCUCUCUCUCUCUCUUCCACCAUUGCCUCCUCUCUCUCUCUCUUUCUCUUCCACCAUUGCCUCCUCUCUCUCUCUUUCUCUUCCGCCAUUGCCUCUCCUCUCUCUCACUCUCCUGCUAUCACCUUCACCCUCUCUCCUUUGUUUCUCCUUUCUUCUUCCCUUUAUCUAUGUUUAGUGUUUGAGAAUCCCAUAAUAGUAAUGUUUAUAUUUUUUUCUUUGAAGUUUCUGUCUGUUUCUGAUUUUUAUCUCUCUCUCUCUCUCCUUAAAGCACUUAAAGAAGCUGGAUACAUUAGUGUUUCUCUUUUCUUUCCUUUUUCUUUUUCUUUCUUUUCUUUUUCUUUCCUUUAUUUUUCCUUUCCCUUUCCUUUCUUUUUCUUUUCCCUUUCCUUUCUUUUUCCUUUCCUUUUCCUUUAUUUUUCUUCCUUUUUAUCUUUUCUUUUCUUUCUUUUAUCUUUUCCUUUCUUUAUUUCUUUCUUGCCACAAUUUUAUUUCUUUGAAUUAUUAAGGGUUUUUCUUUCUUUCUUUUUCUUUUAA